CACCCUCGCCGAUUAUGGAUAUUUAGUAUCGACGUUGUUGCUAGCGUGUCGCCGCAUCCUCUCGCACUGUCGCUGAAUCCUCCCGCUCCGUGUCGCCGAUCGCGGAUCCGAAUGUAAUUGUGCUUCGGCGCGCGAACGAGGGUAUCCUGCCGUUCCGCACGCGAUAAUGAGCGGGAUCGCGAGGAACCGGACACCGGAGCCGAUCGACGAGACGCGAUUAUGCGUCCGCCUCACUGCCACGCUGCAUUAGCGCUCUCCGUCAUCAUUAAUCAUGGUCCUGCGUGACUGCGAUCUGCCAGGACGAGCAGCAGCAUGCCGAGCGACGGAAACUCAGGACGAACGCUGCGGACGCAUGCCGCAGCGAUUGCGACCACGACGUUACUCCUGCUCACGCUGAAUAUCAAGUGCAUAGAUACCAGCGAGACUCUGCAACGAGGAUGCAAAUUGGAAGGCCUGCAUCCCUUCCUGAUUGUUACCUAUAAAGAAAUCACUAUAUCCGUAGACAAGAUCACUGUACCCCACAACGAACGGGUCACGGUGAGAUGUCGAGAACUGGGUAAGUACAAGCUCAUCGGCGACCCCCUGCUACACUGCCGCAACGGCACGUGGAACGGGAAACAGCCCUCCUGCGUGCCUACUACAGAGAUCUCCAAUUACACCGAAGAUGUACCGCCGACCAUCGUCUUCGGUUUACCCACUGGUUCGGCCGCCGUCGAGCCAACCGGGGCACUCGCUAUCUUCCCAGGAAGCAUCCUGCAUUUGGAGUGCCUCUUCGCGAGGAAGCUCGGCAAUCCUGAGUGGACGUGGACAUCAACCUUCCGUCGAUACCUGACGGGUUGGGCGAUUGCUGCGCGGGAAAGGGAUUGGAAGUAUCGCCUAUCGAUAUAUUACGCCAAGCCUCAGGAUUCUGGGGUGUAUACGUGCACCACGCCUAAAGGAUUGACCAAUGCUAUACGAGUUCGCGUUAUAGAUGUUCAGUGCUCGGUAUUGGCUGUGCCUGAUCCAACGGUGAUCAGUCGCAUCGAAGGUAGCCGGAUGGGCCACAGUGCUCUUUUCGAGUGUCCAGCGGGGUACAGAUUGGACGGAGCGUUCGGUAUCACGUGCCAGUAUAAUGGCAAGUGGUCGGCGGAUGUGCCACGUUGCGAGAAAAUUACGUGCCCGCCGAUGGACGUCUCGGGCAAUGCGUUGCUGCAAGUGAUCGAGCACAACAACUCGUACGGUGGAAGAGCGGUCUUCACCUGCAUGUGGGGGCACAGACUAUCGGGCCCGCAGAACGUGAUAUGCGAAGGGGACGGCAGGUGGAAUGGCUCCAUGCCGACUUGUUUAGAGAUCACGUGUCCCUUGCCGGAAACGCCACGGAGUGGACGCAUCGUCGAGCAAACGCGAUAUUCUAAUAAGAAGCAGUCUCGUAGCCGAGUAUAUAAGGUCGGCGCUCUGGUAAGAUUCGCCUGUCUACCAGGUCAUCAAUUGAUAGGAGAAGCGUCCGUUAUAUGCACCGAAAACGGCACCUGGUCUCACCGUCCACCCGUAUGUAAGGUGAGAUGUCCGUACCCGGGUGAUCCUCCACACGGGCGAAUCGCGCCACUCAAGUUUUGGUACAAACCAGGAGACAACAUACAGGUAACGUGUUCGCCUGGCUACGUGACACCUCUGGAACCCGUGAAGAAACCAUCGUGUCGGGAAAAUGGCAUUUGGAGCGCACCGCCGCCGCCCUGCCGGUCUUACAAAGAGGUGUAAGCGCGCAAGAAUGAAUCACCGAGUACUCUCGAGUCACUAUUGCGUCGCGUGCUAUCUCGCAAGAAGGAGAGACACUUGAUAUUCAUUACGGGUAGCGUGAAUACUAAAGAAGAACGUGGAAACUCGCGCGAAACGAUCGCUUUGUUUCGAACGGUAGACAAUGUUAUAUAUAAAGUUAAUGAUCUUAUCAGAAGAUGAACACAUAGUUGCAUUCACCGAAUCACGACAAAUAAUCACGAGUAGAUCACUGGAAGGAAGCAUCUUGCGUUAAACGUAGGCUAUGGAACGACCAGUAUUUUCUUUAUAAUUCUUCCAGAUACGCAACGAUUUUAAUAAAAAUAAAUCCCUUUUUAAU